AUGAACCCUUCGGCCACCUUCCUGGCCGGGCGCCAGAACAUCGGGUCAGAGGUUGAGAUUUCCACUAUUGAGAAACAACGGAAAGAGCUGCAGCUGCUCAUUGGAGAGUUAAAAGAUCGAGAUAGAGAGCUUAAUGAUAUGGUUGCAGUACAUCAGAGACAACUUCUUUCAUGGGAAGAGGAUCGGCAGAAAGUGUUGACUUUGGAAGAACGUUGCAGCAAAUUAGAAGGUGAACUACAUAAAAGAACUGAAAUAAUCAAGUCACUCACAAAGAAGGUGAAAAGCCUUGAAUCGAACCAAAUUGAAUGCCAGAGUACUCUUCAGAAGACUCAACUACAGCUUCAGGAGAUGGCCCAAAAGGCAACCCAUUCCUCUCUCCUCUCUGAAGACCUUGAGGCUAGAAAUGAAAAUCUCAGCAACACAUUAGUGGAACUUUCUGCUCAAGUGGGACAACUGCAAGCUCGUGAACAGGCUCUCACCACCAUGAUAAAGCUAAAGGACAAAGAUAUUAUUGAGGCAGUCAAUCACAUUGCUGACUGUUCGGGUAAAUUUAAAUUGUUAGAGCAUGCCUUACGUGAUGCUAAGAUGGUGGAGACCUGUAUUGUGAAAGAAAAGCAAGAUUAUAAGCAGAAAUUGAAGGCACUUAAGAUUGAAGUCAAUAAAUUAAAAGAGGAUCUAAAUGAAAAGACAACAGAAAAUAACGAACAACGAGAAGAGAUCAUUCGCCUCAAGCAAGAGAAGAGUUGCCUGCAUGAUGAAUUGGUCUUUACUGCAGAGAGAGAAAAAAGGAAAGAUGAGUUACUUGAUAUCGCAAAGUCAAAGCAAGAACGCAUGAAUGCAGAAUUGCAUAAUCUGAGACAGAUUUACGUAAAACAACAGCGUGAUCUGCAGUUUCUUAAUUUCAAUGUGGAAAAUUCUCAGGAAUUAAUACAGAUAUAUGACUCAAAGAUGGAGGAAUCAAAGGGCAUGGAAUCCAGCAGAGACAUGUGUUUAUCAGACCUUGAAAAUAACCACCUAAAAGUCGAUUUUAAGAGGGAGAAAAAUCAGAAGUCACUGGUUAAGGACCAAAAAUUUGAGACCACGUUGGUUCAGCAAACUAGGUCAGACAAGAGCUCUUGUGAUGUAUGCAAAGAGAAGAAACUACAGGUUAAUACUUCAUUUGGGGGAAAAAGUGUAAUUGCUAUCUCAUCUCUAUUUGCAAAAGACUUAGUGGAGAAACAAAAGUCUUGGUCUCUGGGAGGAAAAAUCCAGAUUGAACCCGAAAACAAAAGUACAUUUUGCAAGAUCCACGCAAAAUCACACAAAGGGAAUGGAAUUGGGAUUCAGAAUGAAGAGAAGCAACCCUCAGAAACAUCAACAUCUGUAUCUGAUGAUAAAUGGCAUGAUGUCAACGUUUACCUGGGCCUAGCCAGCUGUUCUGAUUCAAAACAGCCAGAAAAGCUGGAUGUCGACUAUCAGGACCACCUGGAAAGGCCUGGAGUCUCCUGUUGCCACAAAAAUGAAGACUGUGUGGAUGAAAGCGACAUGUGGGAGUCCAAGUGCUGCCACCCAAGUAACUUCAUAAUCGAAGCGCCAGGCCACAUGUCUGAUGUGGAGUGGAUGAGCAUCUUCAAGCCUUCCAAAGUACAGAGGGUCGUGCGCCACAAGUCCAUGUGCACCUGUUCAGAAAGUGCCAGCAGGACCAAGUACAACUCUUCGACAAGUGAGCUGAUCGCCAUUCAGCAGUCCCACUGUUUGGGUUCUUCAAAAUCUGCCUUAAGAGAGGAUGAGAAGUUGAUAGAGAUAGAAUCCUCUUUGGAUAAAAAGAACUCAUCUAAGAUUUUGUUAGUCAACAAAGACACAGCCCUGCCCAGUGAAAAGGAUGAUUUUUCCCCCACAAGUAAGCUUCAGCGUUUGCUGGCAGAAUCCCGUCAGAUGGUCACGGACCUGGAGCUGAGCACCCUGCUUCCCAUCAGCUCUGAGAAUCUCAGCACCAGCAAAAGCAAUAUGGAAGUCUCUGAAGAGUCAGCUGAAAAAAAUACCCCUCUCAGUAACUGA